AUGUACAAAUAUGCCGUAAGCAAAACCGGAAACUGGCUUCAUGGGGUAGAGUUUGCCAAGCACUAUCGAGCCGAUGGAGUUGUCAGUAUUCCCCUGAAUCCAGGAAACCUUGCUUCAGACCUUUAUAGGGAACAAACCAGCCUCAUCUGCAAAUUGAUGACCAAGUACCUCAUGUAUCCUUCGGUCAUGGGUGUUUACACCGAGCUUUACGCUGGCCUGUCCCUAUAG